AUGUUAUUUAUUUUGGCUGUAUACUGUGCAAUACCAACUAUCUUUCAACUGUUAACAAUUAAAGAUGAUCUAUACAUCAGCAUUAAAGACGGUGAGAAAUUAGGGCUGUUUAUACGAUACAAAAACGAAUUGUUGAUGCAUAAUUUCAAUGCAUUUGAGAGGCAAAUACAAAAUACUCAUUUUAAUAAGUACGAGGAUAGACAGGCGAUCAAUAUAGUACGGGAGAUGUUCAUAGAACAUCACAUGAAGAACAGAAAUAACUUUAAUACGUGCCAAUCAGAAGUAAAAAGGCUAUGCACGUUCAUCAAUCAACACAAUAAAAACACUGAUAAUGACUAUAAAAUGAUCAAUGAAAUUGCAAAAAUGAGCUACAAAGACAUUGAUAAUAGAAUGGAUCUCAGCAUAAAAAUGAUAUUCAAUACACCAAUGAAGGUCAAAGUAGACUAUUUGCGGCUAAAUUUCAUAAUGUUUGAACUAGUGGAUACAACAAAGAAUACGACCGCUCUUUACAUAUUAUCAAUGUAUGGGGAAAUAAGCUCAAGAAGAGCAACAAAGAUUGAUAUAGCAAACCAAUGGCUAGCUGUAUCACCUGGAAUAUUCAUCGUUGUAAACAACACGCAGUUUGAGAAAGCAAAUAUUGUUUAUAUCAGAAAUACCCCAAAUGCAACUGAUUCAUUUUAUUUGAAUGUGGGUGAUCCAUAUAAAUCCAUUAACAAAAAUGAUCCAGAAUGGCCAACGAUAGCAAUGGCUAAUGUCGAGAAGACCCUGUUGUUUGAUUUCAUCACUAUCAAAUCAAACUAUGAUGAAUACCUUAAGAAGGAUGAGUUAUUUCAGAUCAUACAACCGAAUAUAAGUAAUUAUCAGGUACAUACAAUACAACAGAAGUAUGUGAUUGCAUUGGAACUUGUUCUGAAUGAUAUAACGAAAAUACGCAAAUACAGUAGACUGGAUUCGGAGCUACUGCUUUUUGAAACACUGCAGCCAUAUGAGAUGUUAUCAAUGUUAUCAAACAAUGUGUAUUUUGAGACAUAUGGAGAGUGGAGCAGACUUGGAUAUGAAAUGGCAUUUCUGAGAAUUGAAAACUUAAAGCUAUUUACGGAAAGAAUAGAGGAAUAUAAGGAUCAAUAUGAGAAGGAGGCAAAGAUACGAGAUGAAUUCACUAAUGGAUUUAUAACAGCCCUGAAUGUAAGUCCAGUCAAGAAGACAUCUGUAGUUGCUCUAAAAGAAGAAUGUGCUGUAAUUCAGCCUGAAGACUCUGAUUGGGAAGAAAAAGAAGAGGAAGAUACGAUCAAAUAUAGGAAUGUGAUAGGCGCAUGCUGCCUGAUAUUGGCACUCAUUAUUGGGAUUGUUCUAUACAAUUACAUCCAAAAGAAGCCCAAAAUGCAUACUGAAAACAACGAAGCUACGCAAUCAUAG